AUGGCUGCUCCAACAUUUUUCCUGGUACUUAGGCUCCUCACUCUUGGGGCUUUAGUUGCUUCAAUUGUUGUUUUGGUCACCAACCAAUUUACUUCUCUUGACGGCACCAAAACUAGUUUCAAGGACGUCAUAAUACAGAUACCAUUUGCAGUAUAUUAUGCUUACAAAGGGAAGAGGCUUUUCAAAAGUGACUUCCUACCAAAUUUUGAUUUCUAUGGUGAUAAGAUAGUUGCCUUUGUGCUGGCCAGUGGAGUAGGAGCUGGUUUUAUGAUCACCUUUGAGUUAAAAAAAACAGUAGACGCAUCCUUCGAGGGUCUCCUUAAUCUACCAGGAUUUAGUGCAGAGAAAUAAAAAAACCUCAAGUUCAUUGACAAAGCUUACAUUGCCACUGCUCUUCUGUUUCUUGGAUUUCUUACCACCGCUUUACUUUCUGUUUUCUCGUCUCUCGCAAUGAAAAGUACCAGAAAGGGUUUCUUUGGAUAAUAUACUUGCAUCAUCCACCAUUUUU